UGGGAAGUGUUUAUGUUUCUAAGAAAAGUAAAAGCAAACUUCCAGGUGCAGGAUCAUGCUUGAAGAUCUUCUUCAGACCUCCACUUCAGUCUUGCUUUUGGGGGUCAUCUUUGGCCUGCUGAUCUUCCACGUUCUUUUCACCAGCUCCAGCUCCAAAGAAAGGAGGGAGCCUCCAGGACCCAAACCUCUUCCUCUGCUUGGUAACCUGUUACAGGUGGAUCUCAAGAGACUGGACAAAUCUCUUUUUGAUCUGUCUAAAAGACAUGGACCAGUGUUUACAGUCUACUUUGGACUAAAGAAAGUCGUAGUUCUAGCAGGUUACAGGACAGUCAAACAGGCUCUGGUAAACCAUGCUGAAGAGUUUGGAAACCGAGAAAUCACUCCCAUUUUCUAUGAUUUUACCAAAGGACAUGGCAUACUGUUCUCCAAUGGUGACUCGUGGAAAGAAAUGAGGCGUUUUGCUUUAAGUACCCUGAAAGAUUUUGGAAUGGGCAAGAGGAUUAGUGAGGGGAAAAUCAUUGAGGAAUGUCACUAUCUGAUCAAAGAAUUUGAGCAACAUGAAGGGAAAGCCUUCAAAAAUAGUCAAUCAAUUAUUUAUGCUGCUUCAAACAUUAUAGCAGCCAUAAUGUUUGGAAAAAGGUUUGACUACAACGACACCGUCUUCCAAGCUAUGGUGGAACGAGACAAUGAGACCAUCCGUCUGACGGGAUCACCUUCCAUCCUGAUAUACAACAUAGUUCCUUGGCUGGGCCCUUGUCUUAAAAACUGGAGGGAUUUGAUGAAGAAUAUGGAAGACAACAAGGAGGAAAUGAAAAGGAUCAUAACAAACCUUAAAGAGACUUUCAACCCUGAGACGUGCAGAUGCUUUGUUGAUGCAUUUCUGAUUCAUAAGCAAAAACUGGAGGAGUCUGAAAUCAAGGAUUCACACUAUCAUGAAGAUAAUCUGCUCUAUAGUUUGUCAAAUUUAUUUGCAGCUGGAACUGAUACCACAGGAAAUACACUUCAGUGGUGUCUGCUGUACAUGGCCAAGUACCUUCAUAUUCAAGACCAGGUUUUGGCAGAGUUGGACAGGGUGGUUGGAAGUCGGCAAGUUCGUCUCGAGGACAGAAAAAACCUGCCGUACACUGACGCCGUUAUCCAUGAGUCCCAAAGACUUGGAAACAUCGUCCCAAUAGCAAUUCCUCACAGAACCACCAGAGAUGUCACCUUUCAGGGCUACUUUAUCAAAGAAGGAACUACUGUAUUUCCCCUUCUCACAUCGGUCCUGUAUGAUGAGAGUGAAUGGGAGGACCCACUAACUUUUAACCCUUCUCAUUUCCUUGAUGACGAGGGUCAAUUUAUCAGGAGAGAUGCCUUCAUGCCAUUUUCUGCAGGCCGCAGGGUGUGUCUUGGAGAAAGUCUGGCCAGGAUGGAGAUCUUCCUAUUCUUCACUUCUCUCCUUCAGCACUUUCGAUUCACUCCCCCACCUGGAGUGUCAGAGGAUGAACUCGACCUGACACCAGUUGUGGGCUUUACACUCUCUCCUUUGCCUCAUGAACUGUGUGCAGUAAGACGCCAAUGAAAAAGAAACAGAAUGUUUUUGACAACUGUGUGAUUUUAUUUAAUAGCUUUAGAGUAGAGUGAAGCACCUACAAAUCAAAUGUAGACUGAUUUUGUGCACUGGUAUCUGCUUUAAUCUUCAGUGUAUCCUCCUUGAUGAGCCUUUUUGAUGUCCAGGUGUGCUGGUUGUUUCAGACAGCUGAUUGGUUCCAGCCCCAGAAGUACUUUUUAAAUGUUGAGGAACCUCAAGUUUCUGAGGGUUAUUUUCUUUCUGCUUCUGUUGGAUGUUAAACUUUUUACUUUGUACUUUUUUCUCCUGUCUUCCAUCUU